AUGGCGGGUACCGGGUUGGAGGACCUGCAGUACCUCUCGCUGGUCUCCAAGCUCUGCUCAGAAUUGGAGCGCCACUUGGGCUUUGGCGAGAAGCCCAUGGCUGAGCUCGUCAUCCAUGUCGCUCGUGAUGCUGCUAGCAAGGAAGCCUUUGCUGCUGCCCUGGCUGGUCAAGGUGCAGACUUUCCACAAACGCUCGUCAACUCGCUCUAUGCUCUUAUUGUCCGUAUGCUCCCGCCCUCACGCCUCACGCCCGCCCUCCGCGCUGCCCGGGCUGCACUGCUCGGUCCGCAGGCCGCUCCUACGCCGCAGCCCAAACUGGUAACCACAGCGAUGACCGCGCCGCCUCACUCCAAGUCGCCCUCGCUUGCCCCGUUGGCUGGAGCAGAAUCGACGGCUACAGCUGCCGGCGAAGAAGGCGGUGGUCGCCGCCGCCGUAAGAGACGCAAGCGCCGUCGCGAUCCGUCGCCCGAUGCUGGCCGCCCGGCUCCGCCUACCCGCGCCCCUGCAGCUCCGCAGCAGCAACCGUUGCAGUCGUCGCCACAGCAGCCGUUGCAAUCCUACCCGCCGCAGCAGCCGUUGCAAUCCUACCCGCCCCGCGGCCAACCGCAGCAGCCGCCCCACGGUGGCCCGCCGCCGCCCCACGGUGGCCCGCCGCCGCCCCACGGUGGCCCGCCGCCGCCCCGCGGCCCGCCGCCGCCCCGCGGCCCGCCGCCGCCCCGUGGCCCGCCGCCCCGUGGCAUGCAUCCAGAACGGGCACGGAUGCUGGCGCGGGCGCCGCCGCCAACCGCUACUCCGCAAGAUGCCGGCGUGGUGGUCGGCAAGCUGUAUCGUGGUCGGGUGGCGUCGACCAAGCCAUACGGCGCCUUUGUGACGCUGCAAGGCGUGUCGCCGCCGAUGGACGGCCUCAUGCACCUGUCCGAAAUGACUCUGGCGCGCGGACAGACUCCCGCUGACGCUCUGGCGCGCGGCGAGGAGCUCUGGGUCAAGGUCAUCCGCGUCGAGGGCACCAAGAUCUCACUCACCUCGCGUGACAUCGAUCAGGUGAGCGGAACAGAUUUGGUGGCGGCCGGUCCGUCGCGCGCGACGUUUGGUUCACGGGCAGGGCCCGGCGCACCGCGCGGCUUGCCCCGAUCCGACACCGCCAGCUCGGCGCCGACCAAGAAGCAGCAGCGGAUCUCGUCGCCGGAGCGCUGGGAGCUGCUGCAGCUGUACAAGGCCGGAGUUAUUUCGGCCAAGGACGUGCCUGGAUUUGAUCCGGAGCGUGGUGUGACCUCGCUUGUCGACGAGGAGAUCGAAGAGUAUGAAGUGGUAGUCCGGUCGGACCGCCCCACUUUCCUGCAGGACCAGCAGACAAUGGCGGCGUCGCUCUCGCCGGUGGCGGUGGUCAAGGUUCCGGACGGUUCGCUCAACUCGGCGGCACAGCUGGCGUCGGCCCUCGCCAAGGAGCGGGCGCAACUGCGCGAACAGAAGCGGCUCGAAACAGCAGCCGAACAAGUACCGGACGACCUCGCCCAGCCGUGGCACGACCCCAUGUCGAGCUCGUCGCGGCUUCUCGCCGGGCAGGUUCGCAACAUGGCGCUCGGCCUCAAUGCCGACGAGGAGGAAGAGCCCGAGUGGAACUCCAAGUCGACGUCGUACGGCAAGCGGACGUCGGCGUCACUGAUCGAACAGCGUGAGUCGCUGCCCAUCUUUGCCUACAAGGACGCACUCCGCGAUGCUAUCGCUUCGAACAACGUGCUGGUGGUCAUCGGUGAGACCGGAUCCGGCAAAACGACCCAGCUCCCACAGUACCUGGACGAGUUUGGCUACACCUCGCGCGGAACUGUGGUCUGCACCCAGCCGCGACGCGUGGCGGCUAUGUCGGUCUCGGAGCGUGUGGCCGAAGAGGUGGGAACCCGGUUGGGCGACUACGUCGGCUACCGCAUCCGGUUCGACAACUGCACGUCGCCGGCGACAAGGCUCGUGUAUGCCACCGCGGGUCUUCUUCUCCGUGAGAUCCUGGCCGACCCAGACCUCACCAACUACUCGGUCGUCAUUCUCGACGAAGCCCACGAGCGGACUGUCAACACCGACGUCCUGCUCGGCCUGCUCAAGGAGCUUGUCGUCCGGCGGCCGGACCUCAAGCUCAUUGUCACGUCGGCGACGCUCAACGCCGACAAGUUUUCAGCUUUCUUCAACAACUGUGCUGUCUUCCGCAUUCCCGGCCGCACCCACCCGGUCGAGAUCCUCUACGCGCGCGAGCCCGAGACCGACUACCUCGAUGCGGCGCUGCUGACCGUCAUGCAGGUCCAUCUGACAGAGCCCGCCGGCGACAUUCUGGUCUUCCUCACCGGCCGCGACGAGAUCGAAACCGCGUGCGAGGUGCUGACCCAGCGGAUGAAGGCCCUCGGGCCCAAGGUUCCGCGCAUGAUUGUGCUCCCGCUCUACUCGGCGCUGCCGAACCAAGUCCAGUCUCGAGUCUUUGAGCCGCCGCCACCCGGCGCGCGCAAGGUCGUUGUCGCCACCAACGUAGCCGAGACCUCGAUCACCAUCGACGGCAUCAAGUUUGUCGUCGACUCUGGCUUUGAAAAGGUCAACGUCUUUGACGCCCAGGCCGGCUCCGACUCUCUCCAGGUGGUGCCGAUCUCGCAGGCCGCUGCCAACCAGCGCGCAGGCCGUGCCGGGCGGACCGGGCCCGGACGCUGCUUCCGGCUCUACACUGAGGAAGCUUACCUCAACGAGAUGCUGCCGUCGCCGGUGCCGGAGUUGCAGCGGUGCAACCUGUCGUCGACAGUGCUGCAGCUCAAGGCGAUGGGCCUCUCGGACCUGCUCUCGUUCCCGUUCAUCGACGCGCCGCCGGCGUCAGCGCUCGUCGCCGCCCUGCAGACCCUUUUCAACCUCGGUGCACUCGACGAGGAGGGCCUCCUCACCCGGCGCGGGCGGCUGAUGGCCGAGCUCCCGCUCGACCCGCGUCUCGCCCGCGCCCUGCUCGCCGCCGUCGAGUUUGGCUGUGCCACCGAAAUGCUCACCGUCGCCGGCAUGCUUGGCGAGCAAGUCUUCUACCGGCCGCGCGACAAGGCCAACGAGGCUGACGAAGCCAAGUCACGGUUCCACGACUCGUCCGGCGACCAUGUCACCUUGCUUAAUGUCUUUGAGUCGUGGGAGAACAACGGGCGGAAAAACGCUUGGGCGCAUGCGAACUACAUCCAGGCACGCGCCCUCCGCCGCGCCGCAGACGUCCGCUCGCAGCUCCACGCCAUCAUGGUCCGGCUUGGGCUCGACGUCACCUCGGCCGCCGGCCGUGACACCAACCGCAUCCGGACCGACGAGGGCUACAAAUCGCUUGUCGACGACCAGCAGCUCUACCUCCACCCAUCGUCGGCUCUCUUUCAAAACCCGUCCGAGUACGUCCUCUACAACACCAUCCUCGAGACCUCACGCAUGUGGGUCCUUACCGUCUCAGCCAUCGAGCCGCGCUGGCUCGUCGAGGCCGCGCCGGCGGUCUUCUCGCGCGCAGACGCUCGCAACUUGUCCAAGGCCAAGCGCCAGGAGCGCAUCGUCCCGCUCUACGACAAGUACGCCGAGAAGGAGGGCGGCGAGGGCUGGUGGCGCAUCUCGCGCCAGAAGCGCCCUUGCCGGUCGGCGUGGCUGCUUAAGUGGUGGCACGCCAUCCUGUACUGGAUUCUGGACGCCGCGCUCAUCAACGCGUACGCGCUCUGUGCCAACGCGAGCCCGCGCCCCGCCAUGACUCGCGUGGCUAUCAUCGACGCCCUCUUGCCGCCAGCACCGACGCCGUCAGCUCCGCGCCGUCGCUCAAGCGGAAGCGUCCCCCUGAAGCGGCCGCUCGUCAGCACCGCUUUCCCCAACAAGCCGCUCUGCGACGCGGCUGCCUCGCCUGCCGGAAGCUUCAUGGCAACCGAUCGCGGCCGCGGACCUUUUGCGCUGCGUGCGGCGUCCAUCUCUGCAUCGCCGACUGUUUUCUAUUGUGGCAGCCAAUAA